GGUGAUGCCCCCGCCCCCGCCGCGUCACGGUUGCUCCCUGCGCUCCCGAGUGGCGACCGCAGCAGGUCCCGUGCAGGUGAGGGGCGCGCGCCGGCCCAGCUUUGCAGCCCCCGAACGCGGCCUCGCACAGGUGAGGGCGGUGCCGGGUUCACCUGGCAGCGCGCGUGGGCCGGGCAGCAGGGUCGCCGCCUGGGGGUGGGCGUCUUCUCUCAACCAAAGCUGGGAGCUGGGGACCUGGAGGGUCCAGGAUGAGAAUUCAGUGGAGGUGCUACCCCGGAGCUGCUUGUGGUUCAGAGAUGAGAAAGGUGUCCCGAGGACUGAAGGCAGAAAUCCAGGCGAGGCGUACUGGAAGGCGCACUAGGGGAGGGCAGCCUGACCCAGGAUUUCUUUGCAUUUUAAAGGCCACACAUUCAGUCUCCCCGGGGCGCUACGGAGUUAGUCACCGCCACAUCCAGGACUCCUUCCACAGAGGAGUCACUGCAGUUGUUUUCAGUAGAGGUGUGCUCUUGAGAAGUGGCUUCUUGGGUCUUCAUGCAGCCAUGGAUCUGGAUAAACCAUCUGUUUGGGGCUCAUUAAAACAGCGGACCAGGCCAUUGUUGAUCAACUUGAGCAAGAAGAAGGUGAAAAAGAACCCAAGUAAGCCCCCAGAUCUAAGGGCAAGGCAUCACUUGGACCGCCGCCUCAGCCUCUCUGUGCCUGAUCUCCUGGAGGCUGAGGCCUUGGCCCCAGAGGGCCGGCCUUACUCCGGCCCACAGUCUUCCUACACCUCAGUGCCCAGCAGUCUGUCCACUGCAGGGAUCUUUCCCAAGAGCAGCAGUAGCUCCUUGAAACAGUCCGAAGAAGAAUUGGAUUGGAGCCAGGAAGAAGCCAGCCACCUCCAUGUGGUGGAAACAGACUCGGAGGAGGCCUAUGCCUCUCUGGCUGAGCAGAGGCGGGUGUCCAGCAACGGCGUCUUUGAUCUUCAGAAACCUUCCCUUGGAGGGAAUGCACCAGAAGAGCCAGAGAAGCUAUGUGGAAGCAGUGACCUGAAUGCUUCUAUGACAUCUCAACAUUUUGAAGAACAAUCUGUACUGGGGGAAGCCAGCGAUGGCUUGAGUAACCUCCCCAGCCCUUUUGCGUACCUCCUCACCAUACACCUGAAGGAAGGCCGGAACCUGGUUGUCCGAGAUCGCUGUGGCACAAGUGAUCCUUAUGUGAAAUUUAAGCUGAAUGGGAAGACGCUGUACAAAAGUAAAGUCAUAUAUAAGAACUUGAACCCAGUAUGGGAUGAGAUAGUUGUAUUGCCAAUACAAAGCCUUGAUCAAAAGCUACGUGUGAAGGUCUAUGAUCGAGAUUUAACCAAAUCUGAUUUCAUGGGUUCUGCAUUUGUCAUUCUCAGUGAUCUUGAGCUUAACAGAACAACUGAAUGUAUUUUAAAACUGGAAGAUCCAAACAGUUUGGAAGAUGACAUGGGAGUGAUCGUCUUAAAUUUGAACCUAGUGGUAAAACAGGGUGAUUUCAAGAGACAUCGUUGGUCAAAUCGGAAGCGAUUAAGUGCCAGCAAGUCCUCUUUGAUACGCAACCUACGGCUCUCUGAGUCCUUGAAAAAGAACCAACUCUGGAACGGGAUUAUAAGUAUAACUUUGUUGGAAGGGAAGAACGUCUCAGGAGGAAGCAUGACAGAGAUGUUUGUCCAGUUAAAACUGGGAGAUCAGAGGUAUAAAAGUAAGACACUGUGUAAGAGUGCAAAUCCGCAGUGGCAGGAACAGUUUGACUUUCACUACUUCUCUGACAGGAUGGGCAUUUUGGACAUUGAAGUGUGGGGAAAGGACAACAAAAAGCAUGAGGAACGUCUGGGCACGUGUAAAGUGGAUAUCUCGGCACUGCCUCUGAAGCAAGCCAACUGCCUGGAGCUGCCACUGGGCAGCUGUCUGGGGGCACUCCUUAUGUUGGUCACACUUACACCCUGUACGGGGGUCUCCGUCUCUGAUCUGUGUGUCUGCCCCUUAGCAGACCCCAGCGAAAGAAAGCAGAUUACCCAGCGAUAUUGCUUACAGAACUCCCUGAAAGAUAUGAAAGACGUCGGCAUUCUACAAGUGAAGGUUUUAAAGGCAGCAGAUCUCUUAGCGGCAGAUUUCUCAGGGAAGAGUGACCCAUUUUGCUUGUUGGAGUUAGGCAAUGACCGACUUCAGACGCAUACCGUCUACAAAAACCUCAACCCUGAAUGGAACAAAGUUUUUACGUUUCCCAUUAAAGAUAUCCAUGAUGUUUUGGAAGUGACAGUGUUUGAUGAAGAUGGAGAUAAACCCCCAGAUUUUCUUGGAAAAGUUGCCAUUCCCUUGCUGUCCAUUAGAGAUGGACAACCAAAUUGUUAUGUACUAAAGAAUAAAGAUUUAGAACAAGCUUUUAAAGGAGUUAUCUACUUAGAGAUGGACCUUAUAUAUAAUCCGGUGAAAGCAAGUAUUAGGACAUUUACUCCCCGGGAAAAGCGCUUCGUCGAAGACAGCCGCAAGCUGUCCAAAAAGAUCUUAUCAAGAGAUGUGGACCGUGUGAAAAGAAUCACUAUGGCAAUAUGGAAUACAAUGCAGUUCCUUAAAAGCUGCUUCCAGUGGGAAUCCACAUUAAGAAGUACAAUAGCAUUCGCGGUAUUUUUGAUCACUGUCUGGAAUUUUGAGCUAUAUAUGAUCCCCUUGGCAUUGUUGCUGAUCUUUGUCUACAAUUUCAUCAGACCUGUGAAAGGCAAGGUCAGCAGCAUCCAGGACAGCCAGGAGGGCACAGACAUAGAUGACGAGGAGGAUGAAGAUGACAAGGAAUCUGAGAAAAAGGGGUUGAUUGAAAGACUCUAUAUGGUACAGGAUAUUGUUUCAACUGUUCAAAACAUCUUGGAGGAAAUAGCUUCUUUUGGAGAAAGGAUUAAAAACACAUUUAACUGGACGGUCCCCUUCCUUUCAUCUCUGGCCUGUUUGAUUCUGGCAGCAGCCACCAUCAUUUUGUAUUUCAUUCCACUGCGGUACAUCAUUUUAAUCUGGGGCAUAAAUAAAUUUACUAAGAAGCUUCGAAAUCCCUAUUCCAUCGACAAUAAUGAGCUACUAGACUUCCUCUCUAGGGUACCGUCUGAUGUUCAAAAGGUGCAGUACGCGGAAUUGAAGCUCUGCAGCAGCCACAGCCCCCUGCGGAAGAAACGCAGCGCUCUCUAGGGCACACACCGACUUUGGACAGCAGCACCCAAUAUUGUGUUUGGUUGAGUAGACCAAUGUUAUGGCUGUUUCAGUGGUACCCAAGGUGUCCUUCUGAAAUGCAUGCCCUGUGGCACCCUCUGUAUUCUUCCUCCUCCUUCACGUGCACAGACAUACACACAUGUGCACACACCCCCAUGCAUGGGUGUGCUAGUUGCAUAGGGUCAGCCCAGCAAAAAGCAACAAUCCUGAGACUGUGAAAGACUAACAUCCAUUCUGAAAUAGGAGAUAACAAGGCUGCCGUGGAUCUGAACACCACCUUCCUUGAGAACAGCCAGGAGCCCACUUGGAUUCAAGAGUGACUUUGAACUUGUUUUCACACCUCCAACAGAGUCUCAUUAAGAUUCAGUUAUUUCCACUCCCCAGCCCCACACUCCUUUCAGAUUAUUGUUCAUGGGCGUAAGUCUCUUCUCAGAGUCAACAAGUCUUUGGUAGCCAUCAUCUGUCCAAAUAUUGUAUAUUAUAUUAUUAAAAGGCAUUUUUAAUAAUUACCAGAAUUAGCUCAAACCCUUAGAGGUCUUUCAGCCAUGAUUAUUAAGGAUAUGUGUGUGAAUUUGGGGGGAACCUCUCGGCGCUGGAUGCCAGCCUGCAGCAUGGCCCAUUGCUGGCAAUGGAUGUCCCAGGAAGGUCCCUAGAGAUCACUCACUUGAAAAAUGAGGGUCCCAUGAAAGUAUUCGGUUGCCUUCUGAUGCCACUUCUUCUGACUUUACUUUUUGCUUAUUUUCAAAAUAUUACAAAAUGUCAACAUAUAAUUUCAGAAAGGCAGGUGGGGGUAGGGGAGAAAUGAGUGAAUUCUCUAGGUAUUUAGAAAGAUGAGAAACUGAAGACCGAGAGGCUAAUAAGGCUGCUUACCUAAUUAUUAUAAUCAUUUCAUUUGCCUGAAUGUUUUAAGCAGGAAGUAGAAAUACUUUGGCUGCCCUAAUGUAUCUUUUGUUCCUCUUAGAAGUAAAAUAAGCUACAUACAAUAAAAAUUUAUUUCAGAACCCCAUUUCUAGAAAAUACCACCCCAGAGUCCUCCUUUGAUAGCAUCUGUCCCCUGCAGACCUCAUCAUUCCACAGUAUUUCCCUGCCAUGUAAAAAUCCUGACUUAGUGCAUGUAUAAAAUGUAUGCAAUGAAGUCUCUUUAAAUGAUAUUUAAGUUUUAAAGACUGUAUUUUGUUGACACAUACUUUGUGCAGUUUUUAUAUAUGUAUGUAUUAUAAAAAAAAGUUAACGUAAAAAGAUCUCAUUUAAUAGUGAGUUUACUAUUUUUUUUUGUCUCUGGGUUGUAAUUUAAUAAUCUUCAAACAAAAUGUUUACGAAAAAUGCCAAAGAUUCUAAAUCUUA